AUGUCGCGACUCGCGAGCCGCGGCGGUGUGUCCAAGGGCUUCACCUGGACCACCGUCUUCUACCUCCUUCUCGUCCUGAUUGCCCCCAUGGCGCUGUUUGGCACCACUGCCCACGCCGAGGAGGAGAACUCACCGGAGAACUAUGGCACCGUUAUCGGUAUUGAUCUGGGUACCACCUACAGUUGUGUUGGUGUGAUGCAGAAUGGCAAGGUUGAGAUUCUCGCCAACGACCAAGGAAACCGUAUUACUCCCUCCUACGUGGCCUUCACUGAUGAGGAGCGCCUCGUCGGUGACGCCGCUAAGAAUCAAUACGCCGCCAACCCCCAGCGGACCGUCUUUGACGUUAAGCGAAUGAUUGGUCGCAAGUUCGAUGACAAGGAUAUCCAGCGUGACGCCAAGAACUUCCCCUUCAAGGUCGUCAACAAGGAUGGCAAGCCUAUGGUCAAGGUCGAUGUCAACAAGACCCCCAAGACUUUCACUCCCGAGCAGAUCUCCGCCAUGAUUCUUGAGAAGAUGAAGGAUGUCGCUGAGAGCUACCUGGGCAAGUCUGUUACCCACGCCGUUGUUACCGUCCCCGCCUACUUCAACGACGCCCAGCGUCAGGCCACCAAGGAUGCCGGUACCAUCGCUGGUCUCAAUGUCCUCCGUGUUGUCAACGAGCCCACCGCCGCCGCUAUCGCCUAUGGUCUGGAUAAGACCGGUGACGAGCGCCAGGUUAUUGUCUACGAUCUUGGUGGUGGUACUUUCGAUGUCUCCCUUCUGUCGAUCGACAACGGCGUCUUCGAGGUUCUGGCUACCGCUGGUGACACCCACCUUGGUGGUGAGGACUUUGACCACCGCGUCAUGGACUACUUCGUUAAGCUCUACAACAAGAAGAAUGACGUUGAUGUCCGCAAGGAUCUCAAGUCUAUGGGUAAGCUGAAGCGCGAGGUUGAGAAGGCCAAGCGUACUCUGUCUUCCCAGAUGUCCACCCGCAUUGAAAUCGAGGCCUUCCACAACGGCAACGAUUUCUCCGAGACCCUGACCCGCGCCAAGUUCGAGGAGCUGAACAUCGAUCUGUUCAAGAAGACCCUCAAGCCCGUCGAGCAGGUGCUCAAGGAUGCUAAGGUCAAGAAGUCCGAGGUUGAUGACAUCGUUCUGGUCGGUGGUUCUACCCGUAUUCCCAAGGUCCAGGCUCUUCUCGAGGAGUUCUUCGGUGGCAAGAAGGCCAGCAAGGGUAUUAACCCUGACGAGGCCGUCGCUUUCGGUGCUGCCGUUCAGGCCGGUGUUCUCGGUGGCGAUGAGCACUUGACCGAGGUCGUUCUUAUGGAUGUCAACCCCCUGACUCUGGGUAUUGAGACCACCGGUGGAGUGAUGACCAAGCUGAUCCCCCGUAACUCCGUCAUUCCUACCCGCAAGUCCCAGAUCUUCUCGACUGCGGCUGAUAACCAGCCCACCGUCCUGAUCCAGGUCUUCGAGGGUGAGCGUUCCAUGACCAAGGAUAACAACCUCCUCGGCAAGUUCGAGUUGACUGGUAUCCCCCCGCGCCCCGCGAUCGAGGUUGCCUUUGACCUCGAUGCCAACGGUAUCCUCAAGGUCAGCGCCAGUGACAAGGGCACUGGUAAGGCCGAGAGCAUCACCAUCACCAAUGACAAGGGCCGUCUCUCGCAAGAGGAGAUUGACCGCAUGGUGGCUGAGGCCGAGGAGUUCGCCGAGGAGGACAAGGCCAUGAAGGCCAAGAUCGAGGCCCGCAACGGACUGGAGAACUAUGCCUUCUCUCUGAAGGCCCAGGUCGGUGAUGAGAACGGCCUCGGCGGCCAGAUCGACGAGGACGACAAGCAGACCAUCUUGGACGCCGUCAAGGAGGCUCUCGACUGGCUCGAGGACAAUGCCGCCACUGCUACCGCCGAGGACUUUGAGGAGCAGAAGGAGCAGCUGUCCAGCGUGGCCUACCCGAUCACCAGCAAGCUGUAUGGCUCUGGUGCUCCUCCCGAGGACGACGAGCCUCUGGACCACGAUGAACUGUAA